ACGUGCACACCGGUGAAGUUUUCCGACCGUCGCAGAGCCCGCGAGGUCGUCUGUUAAUGCCAGAAGCCCCCCGGACACCCGCUGUCACGUGAUCCGAUCCCCCGGCGGCGACACCCUCUGACCUCCCGGGGCGGGGUGAGAGGUCACGCCGCCAUUUCAGCAGCCGGGGAGCGGAGCGCGGGGAGUCGGUAUCUCGCCUCCUCUCUGUCCGCUGUAAGGAGAUGUCCUCCUUCUCGGAAAGCGCGUUGGAGAAGAAACUCGCCGAGCUGAGCAACUCGCAGCAGAGCGUGCAAACCCUUUCGCUCUGGCUGAUCCAUCAUCGGAAACACGCCGGCAUUAUCGUGCACGUCUGGCACCGAGAACUGAAAAUAGCUAAACCAAGCAGGAAGCUGACGUUCAUCUAUCUGGCUAAUGAUGUCAUUCAGAACAGUAAGAGAAAAGGUCCCGAAUUCACCAAGGCCUUUGAAGGAGUUCUCGUGGAUGCAUUUUCGCAUGUUGCCAGAGAAUCUGAACAGAGCUGUAAGAAGCAAAUGGAACGAGUCCUGAAUAUAUGGCAAGAAAGAGUUGUGUACGAUGCUGAUUUUAUUCAGCAGCUUAAGUUGACCGUGGAUGAGUCCAGCAGUCCAGUUUCAGUAGGUGAAGAGAAAAGAACACUGAAACGCAGUUAUCCAGUUGUUGAAGAUGAUGAAGAUGACGAUUAUAGAGUCAACUAUUCCCCUAUUGACACUGGUGCAGGUCCAAUGUUGACUGAAAAUCUGAUUAAAGCUUUGCAAGACUUGGAAAAUGCAGCAUCUGGGGACGCAACUGUUCGUCAGAAGAUUGCAUCGUUACCUCAAGAAGUACAAGACGUCUCACUCUUGGAGAACAUUGCAGAUAAAGCAGCUGCUGAAAGGCUAUCAAAAACAGUUGAUGAGGCUUGUUUGCUGUUGGCUGAAUACAAUGGGCGACUUGCAGCAGAACUGGAUGACCGAAGGCAGCUGGCAAGAAUGCUGACUGAGUACAUCAGUAGUCAGAAGGAGAUCCUGGGAGAGAAAGAGAAAAAGCUAGCAGAAUAUAAGCAGAAACUGGCUCAAGUAACACAAGUUCGGAAAGAGCUGAAAUCGCAUAUCCAGAAUUUGCCGGACCUAUCGUUGCUUCCCAACGUUACUGGUGGUUUAGCACCAUUGCCUUCUGCUGGUGACCUUUUCUCCAGCGACUGAACCUCUACCCAUUUCUCAGGCGUCAAACCACAAUACCUCCACUGUGUGACUUCUUGAUGGUGUGGACUUAGAAUAAAUGAUGGAAGUGAAUCAGCAAGGCCAAACUUAGGCACAGCAUCUGUGUGCAAACUUCAUUAGAGCUGUAGUAACCCUAACAUAAUGGCUUACAACAGAUUGAAGCAUACAGAGGAAAAUAAACACUAUUCACCUGCAAGUUCCAAACACAACUUCAGUCCUAGACCAGGGAUGGUGGGAACUCUGUAACCAGGAUGGCAAGUGACACCUAGUAUGAAUCAAAUGAACAGUGUUAGCUGUGCUCAUGAGUCCAUUGUACAGAACAUGCUGUUCUUCUCAGGCUUUAAUAUUCAGGAAGCGGGCAAAUUGUUGGCAGUAAAGGUGGUGCACUAUUGCUGGCUGCUUGUAUACAUUUCCUGUUUGACAGAUUAAUUGCAACUGAAUUUGACAUAAUAAAUAUGCAUUUCUCCAGGUUGACCAAUCAACUUGCCCUUUUUAGCCAAAUCAUUUUUAAAUUUUUACAUGUCUCUCCAAGAGUAAGGAAACUUUAACCAUGACUGUUAUGUAAACUGGAAUAAACAUUUAGUAUGUAGCUGGUCCUGAUGCCUUUUUGGCUUGUGGUGAAAAGAUGUCUUAAUAAAAGCUGUUCCUUCCAGUUUGUGGUAAGAGCACAAACUCUUUCCCAAUUUAAUCAAACAAUGAAAGGAAAUCCAAAAAAAAAAAGACUUUUAAUGUUGGAAGUGUUGUUUCCAGAAUGGAACAAGAAUUACAUUGGGGCUUCCAAUCUGUCUGACAAUACUGCUUUAUCUUUAGUGCACUGUGACAGUGUUCAGACAUUAAGCAAUUUGUCCAGCUGUGUGACUGCUAUGUUUGGUUUUAUACUGUGGGCUCAUAAUUCAGCUUUUUCCUCUCUAAGAGCUACAUAGCCUACGGUAAAGUCUGCUCUGUUUAUACAGUGGCAUGCAAAAGAUUUGGCACCCCGGUCAAAAUUUCUGUUACCGUGAAUAGCUGAGUAGAAGAUUGAACUGAUCUCCAAAAGUCAUAAAGUUAAAGAUGAAACAUUCUUUUCAACAUUUUAAGCAAGAUUAGUGUAUUAUUUUUGUUUUGUACAAUUUUAGAGUGGGGGGGGAGGAAAGGAGCACCAUGCAAAUGUUUUGACACCCCAAGAGAUUUGAGCUCUCAGAUAACUUUUACCAAGGUCUCAGACCUCAAUUAGCUUGUUAGGGCUAUGGCUUGUUCACAGUCAUCGUUAGGAAAGGCCAGGUGAUGCAAAUUUCAAAGCUUUAUAAAUACCCUGACUCCUCAAACCUUGUCCCAACAAUCAGCAGCCAUGGGCUCCUCUAAGCAGCUGCAUAGCACUCUGAAAAUUAAAAUAAAUGAUGCUCACAAAGCAGGAGAAAGCUAUAAGAAGAUAGCAAAGCAUUUUCAGGUAGCCGUUUCCUCAGUUCAUAAUGUAAUUAAGAAAUGGCAGUUAACAGGAACAGUUGAGGUCUAGAAGACCAAGAAAACUUUCCGACAGAACUGCUCGUAGGAUUGCUAGAAAGGCAAGUCAAAUCUUUCUUCAGGAAGAUUUAGCAGACUCUGGAGUGGUGGUGCACUGUUCUACUGUGCAGCGACACCUACACAAAUAUGACCUUCAUGGAAGAGUCAUCAGAAGAAAAUCUUUCCUGCAUCCUCACCACAAAAUUGAACGUAAGACGUUUGCAAAGGAACAUCUAAACAAUCCUGAUACUUUUUGGAAACAAGUCCUGUGGACUGAUGAAGUUAAAAUAGAACUUUUUGGCCACAAUGAGCAAAGGUAUGUUUGGAGAAAAAAGGGUGCAGAAUUUCAAGAAAAGAACUUAAGCACGGAGGUGGAUCGAUCAUGCUUUGGGCUUGUGUUGCAGCCAGUGGCACGGGGAACAUUUCACUGGUAGAGGGAAGAAUGAAUUCAAUUAAAUACCAGCAAAUUCUGGAAGCCAACAUCGCACCGUCUGUAAAAAAAAAGCUGAUGGUGAAAAGAGGAUGGCUUCUACAACAGGAUAAUGAUCCUAAACACACCUCAAAAUCCUCAAUGGACUACCUCAAGAGGUGCAAGGUGAAGGUUUUGCCAUGACUCUCACAGUCCUCCGACCUAAACAUCUUCAAAAAUCUGUGGAUAGACCUCAAAAGAGCAGUGUAUGCAAGACAGUCGAAGAAUCUCAGAACUAGAAGCCUUUUACAAGGAAGAAUGGGUGAAAAUCCCCCAAACAAGAAUUGAAAGAUUUAGCUGGCUACAGAAAGCGUUUACAAGCUGUGAUACUUGCCAAAGGGGGUGUUACUAAGUACUGACCAUGCGGGGUGCCCAAACUUUUACUUCGGGCCCUUUUCCUUUUUUUGUUAUUUUGAAACUGUAAAAGAUGGAAAUAAAACAGUAAUCUUGCUUAAAAUAGUAAAGAAAUGCGUCCUCUUUAACUUUUAUGCCUUUUGGAAAUCAGGUCAUCUUUUACUCGUUUAGCUAUUCACAGUAACAAAUUUUGACCAGGGGUGCCCAAACUUUUGCAUGCCACUGUAGCUCUCUGUUGCAUAACCAUGUGUUAGAUGUUCCAGGUAUUUGACGGUAUGGAACCAAAUCAAUAUUGCCUGAAUAGCUUUUCCUUUAAUUUAAAUCUAGCAUUAUUUUAAAGAUCAUCCACCUGAAUGAAAUCAGUUUAGUUGUGCAAACAAGACUUGUACUGGACUAACUUUUUGUUGAAAAGAAUUCUUAUUUCAAGUUUAAACAUUUUUGAAGCUGCAGUUUAGAAGUAUUGUGACUGAAGUUCAGCCUUUUACAAUGUAAAGGUACGAGGUGGUACGCCAUUUUUACUUUUCAUUAAUUUGAUUAUAAGCAUACUUUAGAAAAAAAUCAGCUGAGAAGCAAAUUAAUUGAAACAUCAUUAUCUCACACUGAAUGUACAAGUUUUUGAAUGAAUUCAGUGGGUUAGAAACUUGUGUAUUUCAAGACCACCCCCCCCCCACCCCACCAUGGAUUUUGCUCCAACAGUUCUGAGAAAAGAUUUUAAGCUUUUUUUUUAAGAAAAGGUUUCAGCAGCCAUUGUAGUACAUUUUUUUUGGCAUGUCCACUUCACAUUGGUUUCUGUUUGAUGGUAGAGGUUUUUUUAAGCAUGUUGCACCAGUCAGCCAGCCAUUCUUGUCUGGCGUGUGGUGUCAGGAUUGGUCUCCUUUUGGAUUAACUGAUGUGAACGUUCCUGACUCGACCCUGUUUUUUUUAUGAGGCUGAGUGGCUAGCUUGAUGCUCAACCCGGCACAGACGGAAAGCGUGCUCUGGGGGUGGCUCAACUUGGAUUCGAACUCGGGAGUCUUCGCUCCGGAGUCCGGCGCUGAUGCCAUUGCGCCACCAGCCGGCCACAUGGUAGAGAUAUUAAGAAGGAAAGUAUAGUAUUCACUCUUUAGAUGACAUUUGAAAAGCAGUUGUUUCUCAAGUAUUAAAAUGCUAAUCUUCUGAGUUAUCCAUGGAAAAUGGACGCAUUAUCAUUGGGUUUACAUGGUUUGGAAAGAUUGAUUUAACUGAAAUGCCCCCCCCCAACCCCCUGCAAGUACUCAGUCAUAACUAAUAGCCCUCUGACCACAUGAAAUUGGAAUCAUUAGUAUCAUAGGCAUUUCUAACCAGCCAUAGUGGGAAGUGCAGGUCAUAGAGUAAUCUGAAUUAAUUUGAGAAAGGAACAAAAGCUUUCUAAUUUUAUAUUUACACUGUGUUUGUGGCCUACAAUUGGAACUGCCUGUCACAGUGUCACAGAGUAAUUCAUUCAUUUUAAAAGGACUGACUCAAGAUUUGACUGACUAGUGUCAGUUGUUAGUUUUCUUUAUGAUUGAUACCUUUCCGUUAUCUCUGCAAUCUGUACAAGGGUCAUCAUUGCCUUUUCAAAGUGUUUUCUUCAAAAAUUACUAAUUUCUAUAACUAAAAAAAUUACUAGCAUUUGAAAUGUGUUUCAAGAAUUCACAUACAAGUUUGCCUGCAUCACACAUGCAUCCCGUUAUUUGGCACAUCUAUUAAAUAUGUACUUGAAAAUUUUGCUUGGUUGAGGAUAAGUUCUUUGCAAAGCAUUUUUUUUCUUCAGGAAGCUCUGACAAAAGUAGUAUUUUCACAAUUUAUUCUGGGCAAGCUGUCACUUCUGCUUUCACAAUUUUUUCCCCAAAUAUGGCACACUUACACGAAGUUUGAGCAUCUCGGUGUUUGAUCUCCAUGUAAAUAUGCAGUAUUUUCAGUGGAAUCGCAUAUUUUUCCUCCAGAAGUGUACUUUGUUGGGAUCAACAUCUUUUUGGACGGCUAUUAGUGAGUGAUUUCUGUUUCAAAUAAUGAGUCAUAAUGUGGAUACAAUGGAAUACAACACAAAUUGUCAUGUUAUCUUUAACACCCUUCAGAAUAUGCCUUGUCAAAGCCAUGCAUAGUUUUCCAAAAUGAAGCAUUCUGGAAUAAAAGAUUAUUUCUUUAUUUUGUGGGAAAUUUCUCCACUUUGAAAAUGUGCAGAAACUUUUGAAUGUAUUUUAAGAAACCUUAAUAAAACUAGUAAUUUUGA